AUGUGCACAUCAGUAUACACAAAUUCUAGACAAUCAACUAAAUCAGGACUUCUGUAUACACCAAUACUUAACAAUCAACUAAAUCAGGACCAGAAAUCUAAUCAAGAACAAUUCAACAACAAGGCAACAUCAAUACAUAUAGUAAAAGAGAGCGAGAGAGAGAGAACAAAACAUUACCUUUGUCUUCCCGGUAGCAGUCUGGGCGGCCCCUUCAGUUGCUAUAUCACCGCUCUCUUGCUUGAGGUCCACCUUGAGAUCCACAACAACGCUUUUGCUCUCCAAAUCCCAAAUCUUAAUGCUGGCCUCAGUCGCAGCACACAGCCAAUACCUGUUAGGGCUGAAGCAGAGGGCGUGGAUAAUAGAGCCAGCAUCCAGCGAGUAGAGCUUCUUCCCCUCGGCCAGAUCCCAGAGCAAAAUCACACCAUCUUUCCCACCACUGGCGCACAGAGAGCCGUCGGGGGAGACAGCCGCCGUGUUGACGUAGCCAGAGUGGCCAGCCAAAGUCGACCUGAGCUUACAAUUGCUCAGGUUCCAGAUCUUAACGGUCCUGUCCCAGGAGCCGGACACGAUGGUCGGCUGAAGGGUGUUGGGCGAGAACCUCACGCAGGAGACCCAGUCGGUGUGAGCGUCCUGAUCCUGGAUGGUGUACUUGCACUCGCCAAGGGUGUUCCAGAGCUUGAUGGUCUUGUCGCGGGAGGCGGACACGAUCUGGCGGUUGUCAACAGAGAAGGCGACGGAGAGGACGUCCUUGGUGUGGCCGACGAAGCGACGGGCGGUGACGCCGGUCUGGAGGUCCCAGAGGCGGAGCUCUCCGUCCCAGGAUCCGGAGAGGGCAAAUUGGCCGUCGGAGGAGAGGACGACGUCCUGGACGAAGUGGGAGUGGCCGUUCAUGCGGCGGCGGGCGACGCCGAAGUUGCGGUCUUCCUUGGUGAGGGUCCAGAGGAUGAUGGAUUUGUCGCGGGAGGAGGUGACGAUCAUGUCGGAGUUGUCGAUGGGGGUGGCGAUGGCGGUGACCCAAUCGGUGUGGGCGCGCAUGGUGCCGCGGAGGACGAGCUGUUCUUGCGCCAUUGGUGGAUUUGGGAGUGGAGACGGCUGAGAGUGUGUUUGGGGAGAGUGGCGGAGGAUGCUGCGAGUGAAGAAGCCCUAAAUGGUGUGGACGAGAAUAUAUAUAAGGGGAUUGGGGAUUUAUUAGGGUUUUGGAGGCCCAUAACAUAA